AUGAUAGAAAAUGAGAACCUUAUGUUGAAUAAGGAAUUUGUUAAUAACUUCUCGGAAGUGGAGUCGGCCGUUGAGGACAUGUCGAAACGUCUUAGCGACUUGGAGAGUCUCUUGGAUGCAGCUUCGGCGCAGCUGCAGGACUCUCGGAAUAACACGCACGAGGUACUGGAAAAGGCACGAAAGUUGAACUUGCAUAAGAAGCAUACGGUUGAAAAGAAGGAAGUACUCAAUUUGUUCUCUUCGCGGUUUAUAUUACCACUGGAAGACGAGGCCAGAAUAAGGAACUCCGAUUCCCCAAUAGAUGAGGAUUUUUUCAAGAGUCUCAAGCAACUCCAUCGGGUACGCAUUGAGGCAAGACACAUGUUGGAUGAGCUCAAUGAUAGUGAUAGCACGAGAACUGUACAGGGCGUUGCCGCUGAUGCAUCUUCCACCCCUUCAUCUACCUCCCAAGAGGGGAACUCACACGAUGAGCUCAAGGGGGCAUUCCACUACGACGCAGCUCUGGCAGUCGACAUUCUGCAUCAAACAUCGGAUCUACAGGAGAUUGCUUACGAACGUAUCUUUGUGUGGAUACAGAGGCAAUGCAAGGAGUUGAUCACCGUGGCUGAUGACUCUGAAGCGGAAGAGGAAGUCUCUAGGCGUAUAAGGAAGGGACUGCAAGUCAUUCGACACAGGACAGUAUAUUUCAACCACUCGGCUAAGGAAAUAUCGCGGGUUCGCCGUCAGCUGCUGAUGCAGAAGUUCCAUGAGACUCUCACGAAGGGCGGACCCACCAGUCGCCCCAUAGACAUUCACGCCUAUGACAUUGUUCGGUAUACGAACGAUAUGCUCGCGUGGAUACAUGAACAAGUUGCUGCGGAGCGAGAGUUCUUUAUACAGACCUUUUCCGAGGAUGAGGAGACGGAAGGAAGAAGCAAGUCUCCUACCAACAACACGGCCUACACUCCACCUGCGCCGGCUUCCCGGAACCAGGACGAUGUCGAUUGA